CAAAACCCUACGCAAAAGCCCUAAACUCUCUCUUCUCCAAAAAUUGAACAAAAAAAUAAAACAAAUCCAAAGAUCCUACACGUCCAAUGUCCGCCGCAAGGUCCGUGUUCCGCUCCGCCGCAAGCCGAGCAUCGUCCACCGCAUUUAGAUUCUCCGCCGGACCCAAGCCUAUGCCGUCAUCGGCACGGACCGCGUUUCGGAUGCCUAAACAGAGUCCUCUAACAAAUCGCAUUUUCAGAUCUCCGGUAGAACUAAGCUGUUGCGUGGAGACGAUGCUCCCUUACCACACUGCCACUGCUUCCGCUUUGCUCAAUUCAAUGCUCUCAGUUUCACGCCGUGGUUGGAUCGUUGAUGGGCUAGACGAGACUAGAUGAAGAUCCAUCAACAAAAGUGAUAUUGCAAUGAUGAUGUAUGAUGAAUUACUGGGGAGAGGUCAGCGAUGCAUGCAGUCUAAGACAAGGUGGUGCUGAAAUGAGACUUUUCUUUUGGGUUUCUUGAACUUGAUCUUAGGGCAGUUUGCCAUUAGAAGUGAUAAUAAUUGAGUUACGUCUCUAGGCAAUUUUCUUUUGUUUUUGUUUUAGCUCGAUAAAUGAGUCGAAAGUUUCUAAUGUAGUGUCUGUAUCGUUUGUUUUCUGGUGUUGUAGAUGGAUGACUCUUGUUCUCACCAUUGCAGUAAGCAGGAAGAUUUUCUUAAGAGUUCUAAGACCCCUUUUGUUGAUUCUUAAACCAUAUCUGCAAAUGUUUUAACUAUUUUACUUUAUAAAUAUAAAAGUGAAUCAGUUUUCAUGGGUUCUUACAUCGAAUCGCCUUCUAUUGUAGCUCGUAUGCAUUUGGAAUUGGAACUAUUUUCUGAUUCUUUUAAAAUUGAAGGGAGAUUAUGUUCCAAAAUUGAAUACAGCAAGCAGCUAGAUUUUGACUUUCAUACUAUUAUGUAUUUAAAUCGGAAACCAGAAUUAUGGUUUGAAGAACAAGAAGAAGAAGAAGAA